UUUUAAUUUACCAGGAGAAGUCUAUUAUUUUACUGGCUCUUGCAACGACCUAGCAACACAACAAAAUAUCAAACAAAGUCUUAUCAAGGAGAUGCAAAGAUUACAGUUGAAUGGCUGGGGAGGUAUUUGUCCUAAUUCAGACGACUGUAACGUAGACAAUGUAAACCUGAAAUGUGGUGCAGCACGUCGACGUCGGGAUCUUUACAAAACCAGACGGACACGACAAAUAAACGGCGCUUCAGUUCUGGUAACAUUUCAAAUAGUUGUGAAAUGGGAAAAAUACAGCAACAUUAAUGAUACCAAGAAUCAGUUAGAAAGAAAAGCUGCAUCUCUUGGAUCAUUGAUAAAGGACAGGAUACAGAGUGGAUCCUUAGAUGUAGAAGGAGCGGAGGUAGAGCAGGAAUCCUUCAAGACUGGUCAGGCAACCAUCAAGUGUGAACCAGGCCGGUACCCACGGUAUACAACUCUUACUUGUGCCUCGUGUCCCCUGGGUUCCGUGUAUGACGAUGUUCUGGAGGAAUGUACUGAGUGUCCUAAGGGUUAUUACAGAGAUGAUGAUGAUGUCGUGACGUGCACCCAAUGUCCAUCCGGGACAUCGACGCCAUCCUCUGGGACGGUCAACGCGAUAGAUUGUGUUCCAAUAUGUGCACAAGGCUAUUAUUCGCUGACCGGAGUAUCUCCAUGUACACCUUGCUCAAGAUACCAAUAUGGUCCUCAAGAGAUGGCAACUCAGUGUAAAGAAUGUGGUCCGGGGCUAGUGACGUCAUCGUUUGCAAGUACUGAUGAAUCAGAUUGUUCAGUAUUCGAUGCAGUUAUCGGUGGAGAAAUGUUACCACAGACAGUCGGACAACUACAGAGCGGGGCCGACGGUUUUACAUUGGCAUUAUGGAUUAAGAUUCCACAAAAGCAUGACGCUUCUCUCCAAGUCAGAAUCAACAAUGAUAUACAAAUAAAUAUUGGAAGAAAUAUCAACAUCACAUUCCAUAGAACACAACUACAAACAGAUGUUGAACUGACAAGAGGAUCAUGGAGACAUAUUGCUGUGGUUUCUGACGCGAAAAACAUCAAGGUGUUUGUACAGGGAGAUGUCAAGUUUACCUCACGUACACUGUUAAGGAUGACACGGAGAGCUAGUGACGUUCAGAUAUCCACUACUGGGAAUCCUGAAGCCGACGUUCGUAUUUCCGGUCUUUUCCUGACUCCAACUUCUCUAUAUGACGGAGACAUAAAGUCACUGUCAUCGACCUGCUAUCACACACGAAAAGGAGACGUGACUAUGGAUGGAUUGAAGAAUGCAGACUCGAAUAACAUCGAACUAGUUUCACCAAGUGUUUGUGAUGCCGAAGACAGUUGUGAUCCAGACCCAUGCAAUGGUCAUACGUGUAUUGAUGAUCUGGACGGAUUCACUUGUCACUGCGGUGGUGGAUUCACUGGGAAUUUGUGCCAGAUACCUCCGAAGUUCUGUUUAAACCACCAAUGUGAAAAUGGAGCAUCCUGUUACAACCUGCAGACGAAUUACACCUGCUUGUGCGCUACUGGAUUUAAGGGGAUAUUUUGCGAAUAUGAAAAAGUUGAUGGAGGCUGGGGCACUUGGAGUGAUUGGUCUGACUGCUCAAAAACCUGUGGAGGAGGGUAUAGGACACGACGACGUGAAUGUAACAACCCGUAUCCAGAUCCUGAUGGAGAGACUUGCGUAGGCGAAACCAUGGAAACCGAUAUUUGUAACGAAGAAAUGUGUCCUGUUUGCCCACCGCGACCUGGAUCUUAUGGAACUAUGAUGGAUUGCAACGUCACAAGUGAAUUGACUACUUGCCGUGUCCAAUGUAAAGACGGGCUUUGGUUUGCACCCGGUUAUUCCCCACUACCUGAGUACAAAUGUGGAGCGGAGACUGCGUACGAAUGGAAUGGAAAACCACCGUCAUGCUCAGAAGUAUACAUUCCGGAUCAGCUUGAAUCUGUCUCCACGGUCAGCUAUGACUCCAAAGAACUUUGUCGUAAAGAGAAAGACAUGGUGUCUGUGCUUAUGAUUAACGCGUUGGACAACAUUGAAUGUUUACAAACAGAAACAUGCCAGAUUGAUGUAUCCAUAGAGGGUGAGUGAUAACAUUACAGUAGAGAAUACUGAAAUAAGCCGUAAUUAUGGCUAAAACCCAUAAAACGAGAACAACACAUAAUCAAAAAUUUGAUUGGAGACCAUUAAAAAUAUGACACAAAAUAUUUUUGAAAGAGAUCAUGGUGACGACCAUAAA